UCCGACUCGUGUGCUGGCCCACCUUUUCCCACCUCACCCCACGCGCCACGGCGGCCACUCCCCCUCCCCCUCCCCAAUCCCGAUCCCUUGACCCCCACCACCGCAAGUCUUCGACCGCGCGCCGCCACGCCAUGGCCUCCUCCAAUGCCUCCGCCGCCGUCAAGGCCUCCGCCACCUUCGCUCACAAGAAGGAGCUCGCCGCGGCACCGCUGGCGCUGACGCAGCACCGGGCGGGAUCGAGACGCCGGAGCAAACCUUGCCGCGUACGCGCCAUCGCCUCGCCCGCGCGCGCGCCCCGCGCCCCGGCGUCCACCGGUUCGGUGAAGAGCGCGAUGACGAUGACGGAGAAGAUCCUGUCGCGGGCGUCGGAGCGCGCGGGCCUGGAGCCCGGGGAUAACGUGUGGGUGGACGUCGACGUGCUCAUGACGCACGACGUAUGCGGUCCGGGCACCAUCGGCAUCUUCAAGAAGGAGUUUGGGGAGGACGCCAAGGUCUGGAACCGCGAGAAGGUCGUCAUCAUCCCGGACCACUACAUCUUCACAAGUGAUGAGCGGGCGAAUCGGAAUGUCGAUAUUCUCAGGGAUUUCUGUAUGGAGCAGAAGAUCAAGUACUUCUACGAUAUCAAAGACCUAAGCGACUUCAGAGCAAAUCCAGACUACAAAGGUGUUUGCCACAUUGCUCUUGCUCAAGAAGGUCAUUGCCGACCAGGCGAGGUUCUCCUCGGUACAGAUUCUCAUACAUGCAAUGCUGGAGCAUUUGGUCAGUUUGCAACUGGAAUUGGGAACACUGAUGCAGGCUUUGUGAUGGGCACUGGAAAGGCUCUUCUUAAGGUGCCACCGACUAUCCGGUUUGUAUUAGACGGAGAAAUGCCACCUUAUUUACUUGCGAAGGAUCUGAUUUUGCAUAUUAUUGGCGAGAUAUCUGUCUCUGGUGCAACAUACAAAUCGAUGGAGUUUAUUGGAUCAACUGUAGAAAGACUAAGCAUGGAAGAGCGAAUGACUCUGUGCAACAUGGUUAUUGAAGCUGGUGGAAAGAACGGUGUUGUGCCUGCUGAUGAAACUACAUUUAAGUACCUUGAGGGUAAGACAUCAGUUAAUUAUGAACCUGUCUACAGUGAUCCCCAGGCCAGAUUUUUUGGUGAUUACCGGUUUGAUGUAUCCAAACUGGAGCCAGUAGUUGCCAAGCCACAUUCACCUGACAACCGCGCUCUAGCAAGAGAAUGCAGAGAUGUAAAGAUUGACCGUGUCUAUAUUGGUUCUUGCACUGGUGGUAAGACUGAGGACUUCUUUGCUGCUGCAAAGGUGCUCUUAGCUUCGGGCAAGAAGGUUAAAGUUCCCACUUUUCUUGUCCCUGCGACACAAAAGGUGUGGAUGGACAUAUAUAGCCUCCCUGUACCAGGAUCUGGUGGCAAAACUUGCUCCCAGAUAUUUGAGGAGGCUGGUUGUGACACACCAGCUAGUCCUAAUUGUGGCGCUUGUUUGGGUGGCCCUCGUGAUACAUAUGCACGCAUGAAUGAACCUACUGUCUGCGUAUCCACCACGAACAGGAAUUUCCCUGGCAGAAUGGGGCACAAGGAAGGGCAGAUCUACCUGGCGUCUCCCUACACCGCUGCCGCCUCCGCCCUGACGGGAUACGUCACAGACCCCAGGGACUUCCUGAUGUAAUGACCUUGAAGGAACAUAGUGUGUUAUCGAGAGUCGUUGCUUAGCAGCUCAUUCUGCUCUCGUGUUUUUGUGUUGAACUGCGGUUUAGAUGUUGUCUUCCACUGAGAAAUAAGGUAUUUUCCCCUAUAGAAACUGCAUAUUGGGAUGUCCA